AAUUCAAACUUAAUGAAUUUACCUUUACUUUAAUGAAGCAUUAUGUUAUUUGGUUAUUGUCGGAGUGUAUGCCCCAAAAAGCUAUUAGAAGAUCCACUCAGCAAAUGUAACAUUAUCGACCAGUUAUCACAUAAUCAGUUUUUAUUACAUUUUGAAUGAGGCCUAAAAAAUGCGCAGGUGAUUUCCAGGUUUCUGUGUCGUUGUUAGUCCUCCUCAAUCAUCAGUUCUUACAAGGCCUUUGAUUAAAACAACAUAGUGACAUCAACUCUAACUAAUCUAACAUUCCUACACACUCACAUGAGGCCCCAAAUCACGUAUAAAUCCAAACGGGCCUAAAUAUGGAAUGCGUUCGUACGUGUUCGCCCUAUCUUUCUGCUUGAGUUUCUGCGUAAACGGAAACCUUUCAUCCAAGUGAAAGCACGUUGCGUGAGUUUCAUCGACGCACUCGAUCGACUGACGUUUCUCAUGACCAUUUCAUUGGCUGGUCUCUUGCUGCUCAAGGUAAACCACACUUGGAAGAGGAGGAGGACCGCCAGAACCGUCUCCGGUCUCCACUCAGAGCACAGGAACGUUCAGAGAACGAGGGCGUCCGACUCUACUUCAUCAGCCUGUUCAGUGUGCGAGAUCAAGGCGGAGAUAGAGAGAGAUCGUGAAUACUGCCUGGGCCAGAUAGAGAACAAAACCACAGGAUGCAGUGGGAUGUGGGACAAGUUGAUGUGUUGGCCCAGUGCCGGACUGGAGGAAGUGGUCACCCUCCCAUGUCCCAAAUACUUCUCCUACUUCACCAGCCACCCCCGCAUCGGCAACCUGUCAAAGACGUGCACCGAGGACGGAUGGUCAACCAUAAGCCCCGCCUCCUACAACCUGCACUGUGGCUUCGACAGCAACAACACCAUGGAUGCUGAGGCAGUUGACUUGGGACACUUCUACAUGGCGGUCAAAGUGGGCUACACGAUUGGCCACAGCGUGUCCCUCAUUGCCCUCACCGCCGCCAUCAUCCUUCUCUGUCUCUUCAGGAAGCUGCACUGCACGAGAAACUACAUCCACAUGAACCUGUUUGUGUCUUUCGUACUGAAAGCCACGUCGGUAUUCGUCAAGGAUGUGAUUCUUUAUCCUGGCGAUCAGCCGGAAGAAUGCCCCUCCUCUUCUCUCUCUCUUCCCAAGGUGGGCUGCAAGGCUGUGUUGGUCUUCUUUCAGUAUGGGAUCAUGGCCAGCUACUUCUGGCUGCUGGUGGAGGGUUUGUACCUCUAUGCACUAUUGGCUGUUUCCUUCUUCUCGGAGAAGAAGUACUUCUGGUGCUACAUCCUGAUUGGUUGGGGUGUCCCAGCCAUCUUUAUCUCUGCCUGGGUGGGGACCAAGGUGUAUCUGAAAGAUCCAGGAUGCUGGGAUAUAAUCGAAGGACUCCCAUGGUGGAUCAUCAAAACUCCCAUCCUAAUUGCGAUACUGGUAAAUUUCUUCCUCUUCAUCUGCAUAAUCCGGAUCCUGCAGCAGAAGAUAAACUGUCCAGAUAUUGGCAGGAAGGAAUCCAAUCAAUACUCGCGACUAGCGAAGUCGACAUUACUGCUCAUACCUCUCUUUGGGAUGAACUAUAUAAUUUUUGCCUAUAUCCCCGAACACAUCCAACUGCAUGUGAGGAUGGUCUUUGAUCUGGUGCUGGGGUCCUUCCAGGGCUUCAUCGUCGCUGUCUUGUACUGUUUCCUGAAUGGAGAGGUGCAGUCGGAGGUGCGGCGGAAGUGGCGCCGGUGGAUGCUGCAGCGGUUCCUGAGCACCGCCGACACCAAGUACCAGCCGCCCUCCAUGGGCAGCAACGGCAACAACUUCAGCACCCAGAUCACCAUGCUGACCAAGUGCAGCCCCACCACGCGGCGAUCCUCCUCCUGCCAGGACCACCUCUCAGCCCUAUGAGCCCCGCCCUGACAACACCCAA